UGCGGAUGUGUCUUAAGACAAUUGUUAAAAAUUGCGUUUUCAAGAAUAAACCAAAAGAUCACAGUAAUGAAUUCACAUAGGCGGAGAGUUUGUCCAUCUUUUCCGUACUCGUAUUAUUCAUUUUCACUACUAUCACAUAAAAAGUGAACGGAACACUCUGUAAACAAACCCGUGGGAAGUGUCAGAAAAGUGAGGUUAUUUUUCGUGUGCAAUGAUCUAUUCACUCUGGUCAGGUGUACUGUGUUUGUCCACCUUCUAUUCAAUUUUCUAACUUCUGUGUGUAACCUGAGCAGGUAAUUUUCAACAAAAAUGUUGCGCAAAAAACUAAAGUUGGACGAUAAACCGGAAGAAAAACAUUCGUCUGAGUUUGCACUCAAAUCAUUCAAUGCCGAAUCAAAGCCGCAACUUUGUUUAUCAAAUCCCGAUGGUUGUAAACAGCCGCCAAUGUUGCCGGCAACUGAGUCGGCUCUGUUGCAGCCACCCCUUUGGCAAAAGGUCUAUCAAUUAGAACUACAAUUGUGUGAAGCUUUGAAACAAGUUACUUUACCAGCGGACGUUGCCGUUACGUACAAUCCAAUCGAAUAUGCGGCUGAAUUGCAUACAGCCUAUAUGCAGAAAUAUUUGGAUAAUCCUAAGCCGGUGCUAUUUCUCGGCAUGAAUCCGGGACCUUGGGGGAUGUGUCAAACCGGGGUUCCUUUCGGAUAUGUUCCCGCUGUGCGAGACUGGAUGCAGCUGCGUGGACAAAUUUUAAAACCCAUUCCCGAACUCCAUUCUCGUCCAGUGGAUGGUUUAAGCUGUACCCGUGCUGAACAGAGUGGUCAACGCUGGUGGGGUCUGUACCAAAUACUGUGUGGAGAACCGGAGAAGUUUUUUAAAAACUGUUUUGUUUACAACAUUUGUCCGUUGGCAUUUUUUCAUGCUACCGGCCGAAACAUUACACCGGCUGAUUUGAAGGGGCCGUCUAAAAACCGUUUGCAGGAAGUUUGCGUUCAAUAUCUUAAAGAAGCUCUGGAGUUGUUCCAUCCUAAAAUUAUUAUUUCGGUGGGCCGAUAUACUGAGGAUCGCGUUAAAGCACUAGUUAAACAAAAUUUUUUGGAUCCCAGCGUUUUUCAGCUAAAAUGCAUGCCUCACCCGAGUCCACGCAGUCUGAACAAUACUAACUGGAAUGAAAAGGCUCAGGUUUGGUUGACAGAGAACGGUUUGAUGCCGUAUUUGAAACCUUAA